AUGGGACUCACAAGUUCUUCAUCUCGCUCCCGCCAUGGCUGCAAAACAUGCAAAAUCCGGCGUGUGAAAUGCGAUGAAACACGACCGAGCUGCAACAAGUGUGUUCAGACUGGUCGCAAAUGCGAUGGACCAUUGACCGAGAGAAUCAUCAUAAACUACGGGCAUCAACAUGUCAAUGCCCCAACAAGUGUUACAAAUCAGUCCCUGACCACGACGAACCCAGUGCACAAGCCCUUCACCAAUCCUGAUGAAGCACGGGCUUUCGAGUAUUUUGUGCAUCGAGCUGCACCUGCACUGGCUGGUAGCCUGGAUUCGUACUUUUGGAUGACUCUGCUGCCGCGAUUGAGCCAGUCCAGCCAAGCCAUUCGCAAAGUUGUCCUCGCAAUCAGCACACUGUAUGAGCAUCCUCUAACCGACGCUUAUCGUAGCGAUGGAAUACACUACAGUACUUGGCAACACCGAGCGAUGACCUGGUAUCGAGAAUCACUCUCGCUAGCUUUGCAGCCUCAAACCGCCAUCGACGAAAAGCAGCAACUUGAAUUCUCUAUGUUAUCCUGCCUCCUGUUCGCCAGCGUAGAAAUACAACACGCUAACGUGCAGACUACACUCACAUUACUGCGGCAAGGCUAUAGACUGAUUGAGAGGUACCUGACACUUCAGACUCUGACCUCCUCCCGGAGCCCGGUCUGGAUCGAGGAUAUCGUCUUGCCAUUCCUCGUGCGGCAGGCUGUUCUCUUCACCAUCUUCGGCCACGUGCUGCCAUCAGGGUUCUUUGCCAUCGUUGACAGGCUUGUGUCGACCAAUCAAACCGUCAUCCAUUCAAUUGCAGACGCCCGAACAGCUAUCUACUCCAUUAUUUUCCGUGUCUUCAAUCUCGUGCAGGAUGCAACAGUCUCAAAUAUCGGCGAUAUUGUAAUAAGGAAUAACGUCGCCGAGAGACAACACUCCCUUAUGGAACAGCUAUGUCAGUGGCACAGCGAAAUCGAUCGUUUCAUGGCUGAGACGGCCCGGUCCUCCACGGAACAGGCUACAUGCCACACCUUGAUUUGCAACCAAGGAGUGGCAUGUAUUUGGCUCGGUCGUGUACUGGACACCCCCGGCGUGAAUCCGUCGAUUGAGGACGGUAUGUUCCACGAGAUCUUGUUACAUGCGGAAAGGGCCCUCGAUUGUUUGGCCAGAGCCUCCGAUGAGCCUGGGGUUAUACCAUUCGUUUUCGAAUCAGGCACUGCCGCUCCUCUGUUUUUCGUAGGGUGGCAGUGUCGCUCCCGCGACUUACGUCGCCAAACGCUUGCAUUGAUGAAGCGCCUUCCGCUUCAAGAGAGUCUGUUCGUAAAAGAGCUCCAGAUCAUCGCUAUGAAAAAAAUCAUAGCAUUGGAAGAGGGCUUUUCCACAAAACAUUUCGAUGAGGCCGAGAAGGCACGACUGCCCCACGUGAGCCAUUCAAUGCCGUUGAAUCAAGUCGUUUGUAAGUACCGGAUUUUCCUCGCAUUCCCCCGUUUUUGUAACUGA